AAAAAGGAGGCCCAUCCACGAGACUAGCUAGCUCUGUUUCCGCUCUGCGCGGCGUCCCGGCCGACGACGACACGAUGCCUCUCUCGGCAGCUUCUUCCAUCCUCCUCCUCCAUGCCCUGGUCUCCCUCACCCUUCUCCUCGGCGACAUGACGACCACGACACCUGCCGCCGCUGUCCCGGCCGCGGUGGACGUGAACACGACGGCGUUCACCAUGCAUGACUCUGCUGCGUCGGCGUCUCCCCAUGGCGCCGAAAACUUUGAGAUGUACUACUGCUUCCUCUGCACGGAGCGCCACCCGCUGCUGAUUCACUACUGCCCCAUCUACUGGGACGAGUGCCACCUCAACUGUUGGGAUGAUGACACGCCGACCUCCAUGGUCACGGUGCAGGGCAAGGAGUGCUACGUCAUGAAACUGUACAUGUCCGGUCGCUACGUCAUCGUCCAACGCCUGAGCUGCGACGGCGUCGCCUCGUGCUUCCUCACCUGCGGCGGCGGGGAGCUGGCCGACAAAGUUGCUGCCGGUGCCAUGGGAACCACGGCGUCGGCGAGCGCGGUCCAGCUCCAGGGGAACGCUCUGCCUUUCGAGCUGUGCGGCACACAGCAGGUCAAGGCUCUCCUCCACCAUUAGUUAGCAGGAGUAUUAGCACUCACAUGAAGGAACUCACGAUCUAGGAUUUGCGAUGUGGGCAGAUGUUAUUCCUUUCUUGUUCCGAUUUGUUCAACAGCCAAAUUUGUUCAACUU